CGUUACAGAAUUAAAUGAGUAAUGAGUGUGUCUCCACUACAAAAGGCAAGAAAUCACUGGUGUAGACAUUUUAGUCCAUUUGUAGAAAAUUGCCUAUUCUCAAAUAGGUAGGUCAAGUGCAGAAAAAACCUCUACUUGAGAUGAAAUUUUCUCUCCGCACUUGGCUUUCUCUCUAUUAGGACAGGCGGCUGAGAGCUGCCUAGAUUUUACCAUCCUGCUAUCUUUUCACUAGUGGUUUUUUGGCUAUAUGUAUUAAGAUGUAUUUGCUUAUAAUGGAACUCACACUCAGAGGUGCAAAUACUUUUAGAACCAGAAGAUCUUUAGAGAAUAAAGUGGAACUCUUACCUUUGUAGAUGAAGAAAAUUAGUGCUAAGUGACAUGUCCAAAGUAAUACAGCCCAUUAAUGUCAGGUAGAAGUCAGGUUUGGAACCAGGAGUCCAGCCUCCCCAGCAGAUAGGCGUUUUAUUGACCCAGAGCAAGUUGGUGCAGUAAGAAGCAAUUGACUUGCUCUCCUGCUUUUGAACCUGUGUUCUCAUUUGGGUACCUGGUGCAGUGCUGGGUAAUAGGAGAGUCAAACCUGACUAUAUUGACAGAAGAAAAAGGCCAUAUUCUGAAGCUGUGUAUCUGAAGCUACGUGACAUCAACAGCAAGGUGGUGACAUUUCUCCUUUGCUCAUUUACUGAUUUCCCUGUUAGAAAAGGAUCAAACUUCUGUGAACAUUCUGAAGACCUUUUCAAUCAGCCUAGCAAAGGGAAGCGUCUCCAGCGACUCUAAGAGAAUGAGAGUGGAUCGUGGAGAUGUAGGGCCUUAUUUCCAUUUGCACCUGGACUUAAUGAUUCCUGGUCACUCCACCCAAGUGUGCACAGACACACUUUGUAUUUGGGUGAGCAGAACCACCCCUGUCAUCAGCAUUCCAUAAACACCCUCAGGCUUCAUGACGUACUUUUGAAAUAGAGCCAAGCCCAUGGCUCCUUUGUAGUUACUCCUGAGUGUGCAUUAGCCAGGCAGGCCAGAAGCCUGGGCUGCCAUUUCCUUGGCUCCCCCUGCCUGAGCCCUGGCAAGGUCUUAAGGCUUAAAGCUCAUUGGGGAACACGCCUGUGGUUACUCCUACCACCUUGGCAUAGGUAUCCCUUCAGGUUCGGAAACCACCUUGAGGGCGCUGAUGAUCUCUGAUUAGGGGUUAGAUGGCGUGGGGGCUGAAGUCCAAGGUAACUGGUCCAACGAGAAACCCAUGAGCUGGUACUGAUGUCAGGGUGCUCUUGACGGAGGAGGGAGUAAGUGUGGCUGAGCCGUGGUUUCCGCUGAUUACACCUGGAUUACCCUCAGAGGGGAUGGUGGGACAGGUGGAACCGUGGGACCAGCCAAGGGAAGACUGAUGGGCACUGAGAUCUGUGUGUGUCCAGCUCAGUUUUGCUAUAGGGUAUUUGCACACACGUAGUCCGUUUAUCCCAGAAUUCCACUGACUUCAAAAUUUGUCAUUUUUCCUGGCAUCUCAGUGACUGAAAUGUUCCACAUCUUUUAAAAAAGGUUCUCAGAGGAAGCUAGCUUUAGGUUAGAGCAUUCAGCAGAUUAGCAAAUGGAGCUUCACCUUGAGGAAUGCCAUCUGACCAGAGGCAGCAAAGGCAUCACUCUAGAACUGGGGACCGGUAAUCCUGCAGGCACCUGAGGCCUCCGUGGUGUCCUUCAGCUGCAGCCUAUGCCUUACAGAUAGUCUUGACCAUGUGUAUCCCCAAACAACCGGUAGAUGAGGCUCAUAAUUUUUUCUGCUGAAAGCCAGAGAAACAUAUAAAAUAUAAAAAUUUAUGCAAGAGUUAGGUUAUUUUUCAAGGGUUAAUAUUAAGUGUUUUUGAAAAUUCACAUGAUGUUCCUGGCAGUUAUGGGGCAAAGUGGUAUCUCCUUGGGGGCACCUGAUUGAUCAUCCUUAGAACUCCCCAGUGUACUUUGUCUUGUAGGCUGUGAUUAUUCCCCCCCCCCCCCUACUUUUGGCCUUGACUUUGGCACCUCAGCAUGUUUAUUCAUCACCUUUGGGUAAAUCUGCAAACACUGAAGCCACUUAUCAGCUGGUACUCAGUGUCUCCGCCUGAAGCUCCCAUUGACCUUCACUCACUGUCUGAACUCUGAAUGGCAGCUGUGGAGAGCACUCCUUUUACCUUGUUCCUCUUUGAUGGAGUCUGGGCCUGGUAGAGAUUGUACAGACCUUCUGCCAGCAGCCAGGAGCCUUGGCAUGUGUGCCAAGCGUGAGCCCGGCCUGCACCAUCAGGGCCUGUCACACACCAGGGGUCUGACCAUGUCUCCAUCUGUACUGGGGAAGCCACAGAACCAGCUUGAGGGAGUUGGGAGUUGGGGUUGUUGGUAGUUGCCCUUCUAGACAGUUAUCUGGGUCACACAUUUCCUCUGAAAUGUGGAAGAAAAAAAAACCCCACACUCCUGUGCAUUUUAUUGUACUCAAAUAUCAUGUGUUUGUAUUCAUCUAUAUUUUUUAACUAAGAAGAAAAAUAACCCUACCUUUGUACGCAAUUCUUUUAACAAAUUGUUUAUUGUUGUAUCCAGGUAACAAGCAUGGAUCAGACUGCAAAGGAUAAGGCCCUACAGCACAUGGCCGCCAUGUCGUCAGCCCAGAUCGUCUCGGCCACGGCCAUUCACAACAAGCUGGGGCUGCCUGGGAUUCCACGCCCCACCUUCCCGGGGGCACCGGGGUUCUGGCCGGGAAUGAUACAAACAGGGCAGCCUGGAUCCUCACAAGACGUCAAGCCCUUCGUGCAGCAGGCCUACCCCAUCCAGCCAGCGGUCACAGCCCCCAUUCCAGGGUUUGAGCCUGCGUCAGCCCCAGCUCCCUCGGUCCCCGCCUGGCAGGGCCGUUCCAUUGGCACAACCAAGCUCCGCCUGGUGGAAUUCUCAGCUUUCCUCGAACAGCAGCGAGACCCAGACUCGUACAACAAACACCUCUUCGUGCACAUCGGGCAUGCCAACCAUUCUUACAGUGACCCAUUGCUCGAAUCAGUGGACAUUCGUCAGAUUUAUGACAAGUUUCCUGAAAAGAAAGGUGGCUUAAAGGAACUGUUUGGAAAGGGCCCUCAAAAUGCCUUCUUCCUCGUAAAAUUCUGGGCCGAUUUAAACUGCAAUAUUCAAGAUGAUGCCGGGGCUUUUUAUGGUGUAACCAGUCAGUAUGAGAGUUCGGAAAAUAUGACAGUCACCUGUUCCACCAAAGUUUGCUCCUUUGGGAAGCAAGUAGUAGAAAAAGUAGAGACGGAAUAUGCACGGUUUGAGAAUGGCCGAUUUGUAUACCGAAUAAACCGCUCCCCGAUGUGUGAAUAUAUGAUCAACUUCAUCCACAAGCUCAAACACUUACCAGAGAAAUAUAUGAUGAACAGUGUUUUGGAAAACUUCACAAUUUUAUUGGUGGUAACAAACAGGGAUACACAAGAAACUCUCCUGUGCAUGGCCUGUGUUUUUGAAGUUUCAAAUAGUGAACAUGGAGCACAGCAUCAUAUUUACAGGCUUGUAAAGGACUAACCGUGGUUAUUUAUAUAUAUAGAUAUCUGUAUAUACACACACACACGUGCGCGCACACACUCUCUCCAUGUUCGAACGACUGACUGUAAACCUCACCACACAGGGGUGCUGCCCUGGCCCUGAGGUCACCCUGACUUUUCUAAAUCCUGUUUGAGUAAAGUCAUUUUUUCAUGUGUUCAUACUAUCAUUGUAGCUGUGAAGUUCUGGUACAGUUGUAAAAAGAGAAAUCGAGUUGUUUCUGUGUGUUCUUCAGAUCCACAGCCCACAGUUCCUCGGGAAGGUGAACCUUAAGAACCCACAUCUCUGUCUGCAGAGACCUGUUUCUCAUUGUGGUAGAAAAAAAAAAUUGAGACAGAGCAUUUACCAUUGGACAUUUACAGCCUUUAUACAAAUAUAUUUAGUUGGUUUUUUUUUUCAACAUAAAAUUCUUGUUUUAAGAUACAAGUAAAAUUAAUCUUUAAAUAUAAAUGUAAAUUAGUACACAAAACUAAGAAUCUUUAGACUUAUCUUUGUAACUAAUUAGGGUGGAAGUUAUGAAAGAAUGUAAUUCACUAAAUUAUUUUUUAAAUGAAACUUUUCUUUCUUUUUGAAACCAAAUGUUAAAAUAUAGCCUUAAGAAAUGCUUGAUAGAAAUAUCCUAAUGAGACAAAUUUGUACUUUUUUCCUCAAGGUUAAAACUAAUCUCCUAAUCCAUUAAACUCUUGAAACAGGUAUUACAGAGGAAGAAAACUUCACCCCUUAUCCUUAACAUAUAUAGUAUAUUUAAAAAAUAUAAAAUUGUAUUGUACUAAUGUGAUGAUUAUUUAAUGAAAAAGAAAAGAUGGCUCUUUUUGCAAUAAGUAGAUAAAUACUGAAAAUCUAAACUUACAAUGUUUAUAGUCUUGUGUGUGCAGUUAUAUUUUAUAUGGACAACCAAAAUUUUUUUAUUAAGACAAGUAAAUCUUUGAACCACUAAAAUUUAAUAACAAAAAUUUUAAAUUGGCAUGAAUACUGCACUGUGAGCUGCAAAUUAUAGAAAACCCUGUGGCUGGGAGAAAUUUCAUUAACCAAACUCGUAAAAGGCUCAUCAGUUUUAGGAUCUCUGCUCCCCAGAAAAUUGCAAGCAUCCUUACCAGCCUGUGGAUAAAUUAUUUCUGGUGAUCCAGUGUGCAUAUUACCCUGCUAUAACUAUAUGUGUAUGUGUGUGUUUGUGUAUACAUAUGUACACAUAUACGCAUAUAAUUAUUCAACACGUAUUUAUUAAACAUCUAUUCAGUGUCACCCAGUUUGCUAGGUGCUGAUAUGUGUAUAUUUUUCAGUCUGUGUCCGUAAAUCUAGAUGUAUUCUCUAAGAACACCCAUUUGUUUACUUGGCAUCUCUCAAUAAGUCACAUCACUUGUUUGACUGAGGUUGGAGAGACUCUAUCUCUGCCUUUUUCAACUAGGCUCAUUUUGGAGGUUCUCUUCCCAGGAGAGAUUCAACUUUCCAACCCAAAUAAUUCCAAAGCAUUGUCCAGGCAGAGCUGGUUUGACGUGGCCACAUGUCUUGGGGUUCUUCCCAUAAGUGCUUCAUUGGGAAGGGGACAGGACAUACCUUCCAACUUUUCAGAGGAAAGUGACAUUUUUAUAAUUGUCAGGAAUAUGUUAACAUAUAUUACGUUAAGUUGUGAAACAUGUCAAGACUUUUACAUCAAGCCAGAAAAUAGAAACUUUGUUCUGUCAUAUCCAAGUAAUGUGCACACCCUCUUGCCUGUCCCACCACCUGCUCUGACCCUGCUUAUAUAUUGGUUAGUGUCUGGUGGUCAUGAGCACGAGGGUGUGGCUGGCUCAUGGCAAACAGAAGAACAUUGGACCAAGCCUGACCUCUCCCAAACUCAUGACACUGGUCCCUGGGAAGACCAGAGGAGAAAGUGCAGAACUUUCCCCUUUUGGAGUGUGCAUCCCUUACAUAAGCCAGUAGGAUGGUGUGCAUCUUCCUUACAUAAAGAGACCACAGUUUGUUCCCUGCUGUCAAGUGGGGCUUUGGCGAAUUGCCCCAGUUGUGCACCCUUCCAUCUGGUCUUCAGCCCAGGCAUUAAGCUUCUUCCAUGAUCAUCAUAUUUACAGUAUGUUUCUUUUAGUAUGUUUAGUUCUCUUAGUAUGUUUCUUUUGCUCCCAUCUCCUGCAUCUUUACUCAAGAGAACCCCUGCUCUCUCAGGACCAAGGGGUUCAAAUGAUCUUAUGUGGCUAAAAGCUAGGCUGUCCCAGGGCUUUAGGGGAAGAGGUAUCUGGCUCACGUUCCCACCCAGGAAUGGGGGGCUCUUCUGCGCUGCCAUAGGGCUCUUGGGAUUUACUUUUUUCAAAGCACAAAUAGACUGAGACCCAUGCACAGCAGCUAGAAGGCAGUUCUGUUGGCUGCAGAGUAAGUCACACUCUGGUCUGCUGAAUUCGUAGAGACAGGCUGGGCCUUCGGAUGCUUGUCCUCUUCCUCUGAAUGCCUUUGUAGUUGAGUUUCGGGGUUUACCUGGAUGACCUUGAGCAUUGCUGUUUGCUCUUAGAACAGGUUUACCUCUUGUCUUGUUCUUCUAAAGUUCUCUCCAGGGCAGAUGUUUUCCCUGUCUCCACCCUGGCCUAGGUACCCAAAUUCUUGACCUUUCUCCGUCUCUCCCAAAUUAGAGCCUGAGAUGAUAUUUGUGUUAUAACAUCUAAUCCAUGUCUAUCUUUGGUCUUUCACCAUUUAUGGCAGAGUCUUCUCCUUUUGUCUGUACAGCUUUUAAAACCAUAAAGAAACAUUUCCAAAGCUCUGUUCUCACUGCUCUCUUCUGGGUGCUCUAUCUCCUGGUGACCCUCCACCACCAGGAUUGAUUCAGGGACAUCUUGUGCUUUCACUGUAGAGUUGAGAGGCCAGUUUCCACAGCCUAGAUAGGGAGAAGCUGAAGAACUGGGCUUCAGUCUCUUGGCAUUCAUUUCCAUCUUAGCAAGAGACCUGAAUGAAAUCGGGGCUUCUUCAGAGCAAGUCCUAGAAUCCCAGACCAUCUAAGCUACCCAAGACCAGGGUUUCUCGACCCUGACUGUUGAUGUUUGGACCAGAUCGUUCUUUGUGGUGCGGGGCUGUCCUGUGCACUGUAGGAGGUUUAGCAGCAUCCCUGGCCUCUGCCUGCUAGAUAACACCCUUUCCCCAGUUGUCACAACCCAGAAUGUCUCCAGACAAUGCCAAAUGUCCCGCAGGGCACAGAUCACCCUUGGUUGAGAACCACUGCCCUACAUCUGACAGGUCACAAAUACCGUAUUUGAGAUUUUCUUUUUCUUUCCAUCUUACCCUGAGAAAGCUUCUCUCCUGGGCCAUCAAGAGACAGGGAGGAAUAUUACUCACAUGACAUUGUGCCCAUGUUUCUUCCUGUUUCAGAACUUCUAUUUCACAACAGUCUCUCUUUUCCAGGUAUUCUUUCCCCCAUCCCCAGGGGGAUCGGGAACAGCGGCUGACCAUCAUCCCUGUAACCAUCUCACACCUCUUUAAAGGGUAGUUUUCAUUUGCUCUUCAUUCCUUAUUUUUCCAGGUUUAAAAAAAAGAACCCCACCUGUUGUCAUUAUUUCUCAUAAGCUUAUGGUUCUCAUCAUCAAGCCCUUAAUCAUUUCAGUAAAUUUUCUCUGGUCUUCUACUUCCAGACUUAACACUAAAUGCUGUUUGUAGAAUUUACUGAAACCUCUGGAAUAUUUCUUUUCAUCUUUAGGGAUGGAGGAGAGGUUUUGGGAGAGGACUAAUAGAAUUUUUUCUCCAAGGAGCUAUGAGAGGGCACAGUCCACAGGCAUACCUCGGAGAUAGCAUGGGCUCUGUCCCAGACCGCCACAGCAGAGCAGAUACCGCAGCGAAGCCAGUCACGGGAAUUAUUUGGUUUCCCAGUGCAUAUAGAAGUUAUGUUUACGGGGGAGGGUAUAGCUCAGUGGUAGAGCGCGUGCUAAGCAUGCACGAGGUCCUGGGUUCAAUCCCCAGUGCCUCCAUUAAAUAAUAAAUAAAUAAAUAAAUGAAAAAUAAAUAAAUAAAACUGAUUAAUAAAUAAAUAAGACUGAUUACUCCCCCCCCAAAAAAAGUAUGUUUACACUAUGUUGUAGUCUGUUAAGUGUGCAAUAGUAUUAUGUCUUAAAAUCAAUGACAUACCUUAAUUUUAAAACACUUUAUGGCUAAAAAAUGCCAAAACAAUUACAAUAGUAACAUAAAGAUCACAGAUCACCAAAAAAAAAUUUAAAAAUAAUGAAGAAGUCGAAAUAUUGCAAGAAUUAUCAAAAUGUGAUACAGAGACAUGAAGUGAGCAACUGCCAGCAGAGGAGUAACGCCAACAGACUUGUUUAACAAAAGGUUGCCGUAAGCUUUUGAUUGGUAAAUAACGCAGUAUCUGCCAAGCGCGAUAAACGAGGUAUGCCUGUACCCUCCUUUGCUGGGUCGAUGAGAAAGUUGAAGCCCAGAGAGGAGAUGACUUGCCCAGAGUCAUCAGCUAGUGACAGUAAAAGCGAGGCUCUAGGACUCCUGCCACUUAAUCCUUGGCCUCUUCUGCUGGGUCGUUCCUCUUUGGUGCUCGUGCCGAGGUGAUCCCCACGAGUGUGUGGACAGGGUCGGUGCAGAAGAGAGAGGGGGACUCAGGCCCCCUUCCUCUGCCGGAGCAGCAGCACUGCCGGGUGUCGGUGCUGCUCCUCGCACCGCGGUGUCUCGUCUGAGAGGCACCCACGAGCAGACUGGAAAGCUGAUGAGCCUUUUCCUGACCCUGAGGACAGCUCACCUGCCACAGGCUCUGAGUCAGGUUCCUCUUUGCAGAAGCAUCCCAGCAGCAAAAGCCCCACACUCGGACCAGCCAAAAAACAGCCCCUGUUCCCAGCACUUGGUGUUACAAACCCAAGUCUUCUCCAGGUCUCAGUACUGUAGUGGCUUUUGCAGUUUGCUUUUGUACAAACGUAAAUUAUUUAAGUCACACAAGAUGACAGUCAAUUUUUCAAACCAGGUACAUAGAAUCCGUAUGAUUUUGUCUGUGCUCUGGUACACUACACCUGUCCUAAUGAAGGGUAGAGCCAAUUUUAUGUGUUGGUGUUCACACCUGUGACGUUAAGAGGAUACAUCUGCAUUGCUUAUUUCUUUCUGUUGAUGUUUCUGUGGCAAAGCCCUGCACAUGUCAUUUCUGAAAAGCCUUAAAUCUCUGCGAUGUCGCGUGUAGGGUUUGCAGUGCAGAAGGCUGCCUCGGAACUGUGAGCCCUUUUGUAAGCUGGAAGCAUUUCUAUUACUACUGUUACUUUUUUAGGAAGUUUUAAAUUCAGAGCUGCCAAAGCGUUCCAGUAAGCAGUGCCUUAGUGAUACUUUAGUCGUGCCGCCAGCCUUUUCUUACACCAGAUCUCAGCGUCCCUUCACUGAUUGGCCCGGUAUUUUAAAACAGAGCAAGCAAGCGUUGUUUUCAUUUUUGUUUUGUAAGCCCAUUUUUCUCCAGUUCUCUUGAAGACUGACUCCUUGGUCUAAAUCUGAAAUGAGCAGGAGUCAGUUCAUUGACCACACUGUCCAAUGUCUAUACCAAAACAGAAGAUUUUGCAACUUCGUAGUUUACUAUGAGAAGCAAAUUGUACACUUUUGAUGUUGCCUUUUAAAUUCACGACCAAAUACUUAGCUAUUUGUGAAUCUUCUGCAGUCUAGCAUGAAAGUGCCUUUGGUUUGAGAUUCCAGCUUAGAAAAGUGCUGCCGUAACCACGAUAAUUUGUAGAGAGACCAAAAAUCUUUCGAGAUCACCGUAAUGCCUUUGGUGUACCGGGGUGAGUCACUCACCUACCACAGGCCUCUGUUCACGUGAGCCCGACGCGGACCCUGCCUGCUGUGAGUCUGUCUGCGGUGGGGGGACCCCCGCCGCCACACUCCCCAGUAGCACCCGGCGGCAGGAGGGACCCCAGGAACUGGUGUGUUUGUGUGCCAAUGCCCCGGUGCGCCGUCUCCGCUCGUCACCUGGCCCCAUGUCCGCCUGGGGGAACUUCCACACCGACUGCAGAGUCUCGGCUGGUGGACAGACGGGUCCUUCUCCCUGUGUCCGAGCUCAAUCUCUGCGGAGGCUGGCCUCUCCCCUCCAAUGACAGCGCGCACUUCUCUGGUUUAUGCGGUGAUACCGUUUUGAAAGUUGGAAGCCUCAAACUGAGAUGACAGUGCAGAACAAAAAUGGGUUAGGGUCAUUACAAUCGAAGUGUUCUUCUUAGGGUGAAAAUGUUGACUCUGAGUGUUGUGUCUGAAUGUGCUAUGAGAAACUUCCAAAGAGCACCGCUCACAAUUUGGAAUUUUCAAAGAAUGAAUGUUCCAGCCCUCCAAAGGGCAACUCUUUUAGAGUCCGUGUUGGCUUUUAUCAAAACCUGGUAUAAACUGGGAAAACUGAUAGGAGGAAGAGACGUGAAAAGGACGAGAAGGUGAAAACACCAGCCAAACAAAAGCCAAGACAAAAAAAAAAAGAUUUUUUCUUUACCAUUAUAGACUUUUAAAUGACAUCAGACAGCUUUGAAAGUUAGCCUCUGAGCACUUCAUGUGUAUGAUCUGUCUGUCUCUACCUGGUGUCUUUAAGGAUACCCUCUUUGGGUUUUCCAGAAUUUCAGGAGUGAUUUCUGUCCACCCAAGUUGUGAGUAUUCGUAGAAAUUUCUACAAAAAAAAGAAAAAUCAAAUGAAAAGGAAAAUGCCUAGCACAAGUUACAGUUAGCUGCUUAAGUUCAGCCCCUCCCUGUCACGUCAGGGCUACACAACUUGAAAGAAAUUAGUCAAAGAUUUGUUUUCUUGCUUCCCUGUCAACUGUUACUGUGCUUUGCUUGGCAAGUUUCUCUCAUUAACUCUUUGCUUUUAUAUCAUUAAGAAUGAAGGUUUUAUGUUUAAAAUUUACUGCAUUGCAAAGGAUAGUCUCACUGAAGUCACGCACCAUUAAAUGAGAUGAAAUACUUGUAUUUAUUGUCCUACUUCCUAAGCCGUUCACUUGUUUUAGUCUCUGUGAAUUUGCAUUGAGUCCGUCACAUGCCCCACUGUGUCACUUUGGUCAUUGAAACGGCAUUUAUGUUCCCUCUUGUCCAUCAUUAGGUGGAGUCAGAUUCCAGGAGAGUCCACCUCUGCCGGGCUGACUCUCUUCUGUCUGCCUUCCGUGACGAGACUGUCGUCCUGCCCCUUUUUCUAAGAGAGGCUGACAGAAUCUAGGCGUAAAUCAGUUGGAAAACAGUCUCUGAUCUUUCUUUCUCUCUCCCUCCCCUCCCUCCCUUUUUCUUUCUUUGUCUUUCUCUCUCUUUCUUUUUUUACAUCAGUUAUUUUCCAUGAUUAGUUUCACUGUGUAAAUUAAAUAUUAACUGCACUUCUUAAAAAAAAAUACAUCUUCCUGUUACCUCCUUGCAAGAGUCACUUCUGUAGGCCUUUUUCAAUAGGCUCAUGACUGCAGAUAAGGGAAAAAAACAAGUAAAAACAAAAACGACGUGCCUAAAAAAUGACAAAAAAAAGUUUUGUAACAUUUAAAAAAGAAACCUGAAUAGCCUUUAAUUCUUUAAUAUGCUUAAAUUUUAUGUAAAUCGGUUUUUGCCACGUGUGUUUGUUCACAUUCUAAAUGACUUGAUGGGAAGCUCACAGUCUGUGUCUUCGUGUCACGUGUAUAAAACGGGCUUGUGACGUAAGCGUUUCAUCCGGUCAGUGGUUCCUUUGAUAUUGUACUGCUGCUGGGAGGGGGCUGGGGAGCCUGCCUUUGGGCAGUAGGGUUCCUCCUGGGUAGAUCGGAGAGGUGGGGGGUGGGGGGCAAAUUCUCACGUAUGUUUUCUUAACCUAUUUGCAGAAACUUUCAAAAGGCAUUUGGUUAAACCUCUUGGCAGUACAGUAUUCUUGUAUUUGUUAACGUCUGUGUUUAGGUACUGGUACCUUUUUGUUUUAAAAAUGUUCUAAGUGUUGGCUUUAAAGUGAAUUUAUCUUUAGUAUGAUAGUUAUAUGAAAAUUAUAGGGUUUGUGUGCAGAGAAUUUUUUUAUAAAGUGCUUUGUAAAAAAAAAAUGUAUUCUAGCUUUUGCGGUACAUAUGUGUGAUAACUGUAAUAUCCAUGACAGUUAAGUGCAAUUAUUUCAUCACUCUAAAAAUGCUAUUUUUGUGUCAGUUCCUGCAGGUGUUUUCAUGUCUUUGCAAAGUGACACAUUUUGAUGCCUUCUUGAUAAAGUGGUAGACAUUUUGUAGCUUUCUAGAAACUUUGUAUUCAUACGGUAUCAAUGAAAAAUAAAGAAAAUGAAAGUGUGGGUCA